CAAAGGGCGACAAUUUCCAUUUCGGUCCUAGCACCUGUCAAAACAACUCACAUUUCUGAAAACACUCAAAAUGACAUCGCAGAAGGAAUCAACCAAUCUAAAGCUGAAUACAUGUGGCUCUGAAUCUGACCCUCCAAGUAUACCUAAACGAAGACAAGAGCUCCUGAAAUGGAAUGGUUGGGGAUACAAGGAUUCCAAAUUUAUCGUCAACAAGGACAACCAUGUGGAAUUCACAGGAGAAAGAUACCAACUGAGUGGUCACACUCUGACCCAUAUGAGGGAUUGGAUGACAGAGGCAGUGGGAAUAAGUCUUGACCACAAGACCCCACCUCAGGGUGAAAUCACAGCCAAAGACAUGCCAACUCCGUUAAGAAAUGAGGAGUUUCUUGCAGAAUUGAGGAGAACAAAUAUUUCCCACUCUGAUGACUGUCAGGACAGGCUCUUCAGGGCUCAUGGGCACACACUUAGUGAGAUGUUCAUUUUGAGAGAAGGAAAGUUCAAGAGAAUGCCAGAUUUGGUCAUCUGGCCAUCUUGCCACAAUGACGUUGUGAAGGUCGUGGAGCUGGGGUGUAAACACAAUGUGUGUAUUAUACCGUUUGGUGGGGGAACAAGCGUGUCUGAGGCUAUUUUAUGUCCGGAGAACGAGAGCCGCAUGAUUAUCUCCCUUGACACCUCACAGAUGAACAAGAUUAUGUGGGUAGAUGAGAAGAACCUAGUGGCCCACUGUGAGUCUGGGAUUAUCGGCCAGGACUUGGAGAGAUUGCUUGGAAAGAAGGGUUUUUGCACGGGCCAUGAGCCUGACUCCAUGGAAUUCAGUACCCUUGGCGGUUGGGUGGCCACACGGGCAUCGGGGAUGAAGAAAAACAUCUACGGCAAUAUCGAAGACCUGGUUGUUCAUGUUAAGUUUGUUACCCCUCGAGGAACAAUGGAGAAAUCCUGCCAGGUGCCGAGAAUGUCAUCAGGGCCCGAUAUACACCACUUUAUGCUGGGUUCUGAAGGCACACUGGGGGUAGUUACGGAGGUGACAAUCAAGAUCCGACCAGUUGCUGAGUGUAAGAAGUAUGGCUCUAUCGUGUUCCCAGACUUUGAAAAUGGUGUGGCGUGCUUAAGGGAAAUCGCUAGGCAGAAAUGCGCACCAGCAUCAAUACGACUGAUGGACAAUGAACAAUUUCAGUUUGGUCAUGCAUUGAAGCCUGAGUCCAAAUCUAAGUUCACUAACUUUAUGGAUGGGCUGAAGAAAUUUUACCUCACCCGAAUUAAAGGUUUCGAUGUGCACAACAUGGCUGUGGCCACGCUGCUCUUCGAAGGUGCCAAAAAGGAUGUGGAUGCUCAAGAGAAAAGGGUGUACGAAAUAGCUGCUCAAUUUGGGGGACUUGCGGGAGGAGCAGACAAUGGAGAGAGAGGCUAUAUGUUGACAUUUGCCAUUGCCUACAUUCGGGACAUCGGAUUUGACUACUACAUUGUUGCAGAGUCAUUUGAAACUUCUGUGCCUUGGGAUAGAUGUCUAGACCUGUGUAAGAAUGUGAAGGACCGUGUACACCGGGAAUGUAAGGAGAGAGGAAUACAGUUCCCACCUUACGUCACAUGCAGGGUAACACAGCUCUAUGAUGCUGGUGCUUGUGUGUACUUUUACUUUGGGUUCAAUUACCGGGGCAUCCAGAAUCCUGUACAAAUGUAUGAAGAUAUAGAGUCCUGUGCAAGAGACGAAAUCCUAGCCAACGGUGGGAGCAUUUCUCAUCACCAUGGUGUCGGCAAACUCCGAAAACGCUGGCUCAAAAAGACCAUCGGGGAUGUUGGCCUGGGUACCAUGAGAGCAAUAAAGGAAUACAUCGACCCACAGAACAUCUUUGGCUGCGGCAAUCUGAUGGUUGGAGAACCGGAGGAGCAUGAUUAUAACGCUCAUGCUGACGUGAAAAAUGUGCUUGCUAGCAAAUUGUAACAUAUCACAUGAAUGAUUCAGCGAUUGUAAACGAUUGUGAGCACGAUUCUUGAAUGUAUUUAUGAAACAAUGAGACAAUCGAACAAAAUAUAUAUCACAGUGUAUGUCAGAGAAUUCUUUUGUACUUUUUUAACUAUUAUUGUACAAUGUUCGAAUGCUUGAAUGAAUCAUAUCUAUUUUAAAAUUCAAAACAAACAAUUAAAUAUACAUACAAUAUAUGGUUUACAUGUUUACCUGUUCAUUAAUCAAGUUAUUUCACUAUUCUUAAUUUAUCACUAUUAUUUCUUAAAUUAUAAUUAAAACUUACAAAAUAGAAAAAUCAACCUAUUGGGUACUAAGGGCUAUUCCAUUAAAACAUCUAACCCACGGGGGGGAGGUAAUUAUUUAAAUAGUAUUUAGGUCUUUUCUUGCUAAUUUGGACCCUAAAAGGGUGACUGUGCUUCUGUAGGGGUGGAAUAUCUUAAAAGUCCCCCAGGGGCCGGGGUUAUAUGUUUAAAUGGAAUAGCCCUAAAGUCACAUUUCGCAUUCCUGCCCAUGCAGUGACCAAAUAUUAAACUAUUUUUUCUUCUUUCUUUAAGUUCCCCUUGUUAUUAAAAAGUUUUAUGACACAAUUGAAAUAUUCAGUGUUAGAUGAUUUGCAUUAAAUGUGUUUCAAAGGUAAGUGAUGAAAAGAAGCUGAAGAGUCCAUAUACACAUGUAUUUGCUUAUCCAUAGUGUGUAUACAUGUGUUUGAGCAUAAUUAUAGUCAUUACCUUGACAACUGUUGAAGUUGAGGCAAUCUGUUCUAUGUUUAUGUUUUUGUUAUUCUGGAUUAAACUUACAUGAUUUAAAAGAUUCAGACUAUUUUUGUUUCUAAUUACUUUUAAUGCAAUAUUUUCAUUUUACUAAUUCAUAGCUUACUGUGAUAAUACAUUGAUGCUGAAAGUUCUUGUUAUGAAUGUUGUACUUCACUUUAAGUCAUUCCAAAACCAUACAGCUAUUAUUUUAUUGCUAGAAAUGUGGAAAAAAGGUUUGAGUGUAAAGUCUAUCCUUAAAAGUUUCAUUGGCGUUUUUGUUAGUUCUUUUUCAAAUAUGUUGAUGAUGAAGAUUUUGGGGGAAAUUUUGUUUUUGGAACGGCAUAUUUGAAGGACUUGCUGUUAUCUGUUAAGCACUACAGUUUGUAUAACAUUGAUUUCAUUGACGAGCUCAUCUGUUUGUACCGAAAAAGUAUUGUCAUUGAUUUGCUGACAUUGUCACCGCCUUUUGCAUCAUCUGUGUCAGCAUGCAUCAACUUUCACCUUGGCCAUAACUUAAAACCUGUCGAACAUAUUCAAAUAAAACCUACCACACAUGUUGCCAAAGACAAUACACAAGUGUUAAGCUAGGCCCAUAACUCUGUUUUACAUUACUGUGGAGUUAUGCCCCUUGUUUGACUGAAAAAGCAUCAGAUGAGUUGAAGAACAAAAUUCAUUGUGAUACAUUUUAACAAAGGAAUGGAAUUAUGAUUUGUACAUGUUAAAUGUAGAUUUAACCAUAGGUGUACAAUGUGGACUCUUGCUGAUAUGGCUAUUCUUAAAAUUGACUUAACCAUAGGUAGCAGCGAUAGAUAUUAAUAUACUUUUCACCUGCUCUGAUAUUGCCAUAGCCUAUGAUAGUAAUGCAUGUACCAAUAGUUGUCGAAAUUGUUUUACUUAUACACCAUUGCUAAUUCAUGUUAAGGUAUAAAAAAAACAUGAAGGUAAGCUGUUCUACGCUGGUAAUUUCUACUUGACAUCACGUAAAGGUAAGCUGUUCUACACUGGUGAUUCCAACUUGACAUCACAUAAAGGUAAGCUGUUUUAUGCUGGUGAUUCCUACUUGACAUCACAUAAAGGUAAGCUGUUCUAUGCUGGUGAUUCCUACUUGACAUCACAUAAAGGUAAGCUGUUCUACACUGGUGAUUCCUACUUGACAUCACAUGAAGGUAAGCUGUUCUACACUGGUGAUUCCUACUUGACAUCACAUAAAGGUAAGCUGUUCUACACUGGUGAUUCCUACUUGACAUCACAUAAAGGUAAGCUGUUCUACGCUGGUGAUUCCUACUUGACAUACCAUACCGUAAAGUCUAUCCUUAAAAGUUUCAUUGGCGUUUUUGUUAGUUCUUUUUCAAAUAUGUUGAUGAUGAAGAUUUUGGGGGAAAUUUGUUUUUUGGAACAGGCAUAUAAGAAGGACAUGCUGUUACCGUUUAUUUAGCACAACAGCUUAUAUAACAUUGAUUUCAUCGACGAGCUCAUCUGUUUGUACCGAAAAAGUAUUGUCAUUGAUUUGCUGACAUUAUCACCGCCUUUUGCAUCAUCUGUGUCAGCAUGCAUCAAUACACAAGUGUUCAGCUAGGCCCAUAACUCUGUUUUACAUUACUGUGGAGUUAUGCCCCUUGUUCGACUGAAAAAGCAUCAGAUGAGUUGAAGAACAAAAUUCAUUGUGAUACAUUUUAACAAAGGAAUGGAAUUAUGAUUUGUACAUGUUAAAUGUAGAUUUAACCAUAGGUGUACAAUGUGGACUCUUGCUGAUAUGGCUAUUCUUAAAAUUGACUUAACCAUAGGUAGCAGCGAUAGAUAUUAAUAUACUUUUCACCUGCUCUGAUAUUGCCAUAGCGUAUGAUAGUAAUGCAUGUACCAAUAGUUGUCGAAAUUGUUUUACUUAUACACCAUUGCUAAUUCAUGUUAAGGUAUAAAAAAAAAUCAUGUCUGAAUGGGAAUUGAAAUUUUGCUAUAGAAAACCAAUUUAAUUUAGUUCAAGAUUUAACAUGCUAUUCGGCUUUCCAACCAUUCACACUAAAUCUGAAUCUAUAAAGUAAUGUGUUGAAGGGAAUCUAAACUUCUAAAUGAUUACACAUGUCUUAAUACAUUCUCCAACUAGGGUAUAUACAAUAUUUGUUCUGGUAUGUCAUAAUUAAUGUUAGUGUUUCAUUGUUGCAUUAUUUUAUUUUAUACCAUAAUUAUUCAUAUAAUAUUUGUAUUGUGGAGGCUUAAAUGUAGAAGUAUGAUUUAUUUGAUUAAUUUGUAAAUUAUUUACAUAAUUAAGUGUAUAUGCAAUUUAUAUUACUUAUGCAUAAUAAAAAGUACACAAUUUA